GCAGUCAAAAAGAAACUGCCGUGUUGAACGGACGUGUUGAAGUUUCGCGGUUGCUUGUUUCGGUGGUGCUCGCAGCAGCAGCAGCGUUUGUGCAUUCGCAUUCGCAGUCGCAAAUUCGCAUCGCCUCGUCGCUCGUCAGCCCUGGCAACUGCAGGCAACUCAAGUUUUACACGUAAAUUAAGAAACGAGGAAGCACGGACAGAAUCGAAACCGCUUGAUAAAACAGUUAUUCUCUACAUUUCUGAACUGAAAGAACUGCAGCGGAUGAAGUGCAAAAAGCGAAAAGUGCUAAAAGUUUGCGGCAUUGAACACUUUUAAUUAUUAUUUACGUUUUGUUUGUGUUUCGUCGAGCAAAGCAAAUGCACAAACUAACUGUCCAGUGUGCAUGUGUGUGGCAAGAGUGCGUGAGUGCGUCGUGAGUGUUGCAAAACGGCUGUUCGCCUAGUAAUUCAAAGCCAAAUGUCAAUGUGAAAAUGUCUCAACGAGCAAAUUUUAGGAAAGUCAAGAAAAACAUUCAACGACCUCAAAACCAGCGAAUGCUACAAAAUGCGAAUCAAGAACAUUUAACCAUCUAAAUAUUCAAAAUCAAUUUAAUUGAAUCAAAUAACGCGAAAUUGCAACAAAUCAACCUAAAAAUGAACUGAAAACAAAAACAUUUCGAAAAACAACGCAAAAUUCUAAAAUUGGCAACAUAAGUUUUGGUCUUGAAUUAAAUACAACAAAAAUAAAUUAACAAAAAACGAUUUUUGGCAACAAAACAUCAUACAUAAAAUAUACACAAAUUGUAAUUAUCUCAAAACGUCCACACGUGAAAAUGAUUUGCAACUAAGAUGACAAUCUAAUAAAAUCAAUGUAAAUUUUUAACGCAACAAAAGGAAAACCAAAACCGUCAGCAAAAACCAGCCCAAAAUCAGUUGAAAAGCCGAGGGAAAUCUUUUUAGAACAAACGCAGAAAACCGCAAAAAUUUAAGCCACCAAAUUGGUAAACUAUUCAAAAUUAUUGGUUCGGACAUACGCAAUACUAAACACAGCAACACAACAACAACAACAACAACAGCAACAACAGCAGCCAUAGCAACUACUACAGUGAUCACUACAGUAAAAGCAACCGCAACAGAAGCAGCAGAUAAAACGUGUGUGUUAGUUUGCAUAAAAAUUUCGUUUCGAUAAAAGCAAAGCAAAAUCAUUUAACAAAAUAAAUAAAGAAUAAAGUAAAAAAAAAAAUUACCAAUCGUAAUACAUGUAUUUAUAAAAUAUAUACCUAUACAUAUAUCUAUGCUUACGAAUUAUAUCGGAGAAUAUUUGGUAAACAAUUUUUGAUAAAAACAACUCGAGUAUAUAUCCUAACUAAUUAGCAACAAAAAGAACUAGAACAUUUGGCCUAAGUGAAAAAAAAAGUGAAGUGAGAAAAACUAAAAAGAAAAACUUAUAAAUUCAAAAUUACCACUUGUGAAAGGUGUUACAACUGAGGAUUCUGGAUUUGGAUUAAUGCGUAAAUUUGCAAUUGAAUAUUAAGCAUUUGGCGUGUUCGGAGUCGGAUUCAGUUUUGAGAUUCGGUGCUCUCACAGUCUCUGGUUAAGUUUCUAUGCCAACGCCGACACAAAACUUAUCAGCUACGAUUAAAGCAGCGGAAGUGAUUAGAGAACCGGAACGAUUCGCACCGAAAUCGGCGACGCACAAGAAAUUAACUAAACAAUUGCAAAAUUCCCUUUGGCUAAGGAUUUGCAGCGGCCGUAUUGCUUUUAUGCUCUGCUGGCAGCUACAAAAUUCCACGAAAUUCCAUUUUGGCAAACCGAAGACAAACAAAUCAAUUUGCAGAGCCGCUGAAAAACAGCAGCAGCAUCAGCAGCAUCAGCAGCCCCAUUACCAAAAUUCGAAAAUAAUUGGAAAAUAUCGAAAGCAGCGUCGUCGUUGUCGCCGUUCUGGCGCCCUUCGAACAGCUUGGAUCCUGAGAGCUAAGGACACCGAUACGGACAGAGAUACGGACAAAGAUACGGCCACGGAUCGGGACAAGGCUAUAGCAUCACUGCUGGCACCAUGGAUCCGCAGCAGCAGUUCUGCCUCAAAUGGAACAGUUUCUCGUCUAACUUGGCAAUAACAUUCUCCAAUCUGUUCAAAUCGGAUCUACUGGCCGAUGUCAUAUUAUCCUGCGAUGGCGUAGUAUUCAAAGCCCACAAACUUAUAUUGGCGGCCUGCUCAAAGAAGUUCGCCGAUCUGUUUGAGAACACGCCCACAAAUGGCCAGUGCGUCAUCAUACUGGAGGCGACCACGCCGGACAACAUGGCCGCUCUGCUGGAGUUCAUGUACAAAGGCGAGGUCCACGUCUCCCAGGAGGCGCUCAACAGUUUCCUCAAGUCCGCCGAGAGUUUGCAGGUCAAAGGUCUGUCCACGGAAACGGGACGUCUGGCGGCACAGCAGGCACAACAACACAUGGGCGACCUGUCGCCACUUGACUCGCCGACGGGCAGGCGGAGCGUAAGGAACAGCCUGAGCGGCGGUAGCAGCAGCAUCGUUCCCGGCGGAGUCGGAAUCGGUCUGGGAGGAGGCGCAACGGGAGCCAACUCUAUGUCCGGCAUGGGCAUUGGCAACGGGUUGAGCUUGGCCGGUAUGGCAGCUGGCGGAGGAAUGGCGGCGGCUGCAAAUGCGGCGGCCAGUAGCCUGAGCACCCUAGCGGCCAGCGCGAAUAUCGUUGACAGAUGCGGCAGUGCUGGCGCCAACAUAAUCAGCGGAUCGGCUGCAGGGAUUGGCGGCUCCCAUAGCGGGGGAGCGGGUAAUGGCAGCGGCACAGUUGGAAUCGGUGGCAACGGAGUCGGCAGUGGUGGCGGCAACAAUGGACCCAUUAGCCUGGGAAGCGGCGCGGGCGCUGCUCACCAUCUGGGCGGAUCCACUGGCAUCUUGAAGCAGGAAUGCGACUCCCUGAUGCAUCCGGGUGGCAGUAGUUCCUCUUCCGGAAUGGGCUACACCCAUGUGCCGCCCAUCUACCGGCCUAUUAACUACGAACCUCCGCGCAAGAGGGCUAUAGUCCGCAGUCCGUAUUCCGAGCAGGAACAGCGCGGUUCCGUCCUGCGAGAUGGCUCCAAGUCCUCCGAGUGUCCCAGCCCCAUCAACAAGCCGCCGUACCACCGUCCCUCGUCCAGCGCCUCCUCCACGGCGCCCACCGAGGCCGACACCAUGCACUCCGAACGCGCAUCGCCACAGUCCAGUCGCUACGAGAACCAUAGUCCCAGCACCACAGCGGGAAAUGGAAAUGCCACCAGUAGCCUGGAGCGCAUUGUGAAAUCGGAGCGAAACAAUGGCAGUGCCAAUGAGGCUAAUGACGACGACCGCGAGCUUAUGGAUGAGUCUACAGAUAACGGAGCCGAGGAUCUGCGCGUGAAGCUGGAGAACUUGAAGUACUCACCGCCACCGCCGCCAAACUCGAACACCUCGUCGACCACACCGAAUACGCUGCUGGAGAACCUGAAGGCGGACGGAACGCUGUCCAGUAACCUGGCCGCGUCGAUUGCGCCGGCGGACAUGUUGAACGUAUGGAACGCCACCAAGAUGAACAACAAGAACAGCGUGAACACGGCCGACGGUAAGAAGCUGAAGUGUCUCUACUGCGAUCGUCUGUACGGAUACGAGACGAAUCUGCGGGCGCAUAUCCGGCAGCGUCAUCAGGGCAUCCGAGUGCCAUGUCCCUUCUGCGAGCGGACCUUCACGCGAAACAACACGGUGCGCCGUCACAUUGCCAGGGAGCACAAGCAGGAAAUCGGAUUGGCGGCGGGUGCAACAAUUGCUCCAGCACACUUGGCAGCGGCAGCUGCAGCAUCAGCAGCGGCUACAGCGGCAGCCAGCAAUCAUUCACCAUAGGAAGCAGCCGCAACAGCAGCGGCAUCAGUAGUCAUGAACGCCAACAAGGAGGCGGCAAAGCAGCGCAAACGUAAAACACUCAAGAUGGCACUGGAGAAGUGCAUGCAGCGACGGGACGCAAUGGUGGCGGAGACCACCACGGGGGCAGGAGGAGAUGGGGCAGAGGCAGGAGGGGAGUCGGGCGAGGCAGUCGACGGGGCAGGAUCGGAAGAGGGAGCCGGUUCAGAGGGCACUGAACCGCUCACCUACGAGCAGCAGCAGCAGCGAAUGCACCAGGAGCUGACGCAGCAGAUCAGGGCGGCCAUGGCGGCGGAACAGGCCGCCGAGGCGAUGGAUUCGACCAUGAACACCACGGUCAACACCACCACGACGACCACAACCACAACGAACACCACUGGCGCCACCAGUGAUGGUUGCAGUGACGCGGAGGCCAGCGAUGGUAGCGAUCGACCCAUGGAAGUGGACGAGGACCAGCCACCGGAGCCACAGCCAGGAUCUGAGCUCGUUGUAGUGGAGCCCAAGAUCGAGGUGCUUUCGGAGUCCGAGGACGAGGAGGAUCGACUGCACAUGUCCGAAGCCGAACCGGAUAUCCAGGCCGAGGCCAUUUACGAUCACAUGCCCAACACGCCCACCAGCCCCCCACAUAUAAUACCGCCCAACGAUACGCCCACUCUGACCUCCACGCCCAAGGUCAAUGUGGAGCAAUAGGAUGAGGAGAAACGAGGAGAUGCCCCCAGAGGAUGCCCCCCAAAGAAGCUGCUUAGAUUUAGGCUAAGAAUCGAUGAAACGACGGAGUGAAAGAUAGACGAGUGAUUUACGCGCGCGCAAAGAAGAUGAAACAUGACUACUGAUGCAACUGCUGUUGCCCUCGGAGACCACCUACGACCAAGCUGGACAAGAAGCCCCAAACUGGGCACAUUGAUUACUAUGAUAACUAAACAAGGAAACAAGGAACCUAAUGAUAAGAUGUACCACACACGUGCACGUGUGCACACCAAACACACAGCAAACAGACGGACAGACAAGCGAACACACGAAAAACAGAUGGCGAAUUUGAUGACCACCAACUUUUUGCAGGCAUUUUUAUUACGAAUUUGUGUUUUUGAAGCCAAUCACAAUUCAAGCAGCAGGCACAAGCAAGAGCAACAAAUCCAAACCAAACCAAACCAAACCAAUUAAUGGCAGUAUGAAACAGGACACUCAACCAGAAACCAGAAACAGAACCAGAAAUAUAGAAUUAAAUGCAAUCCGGCUGAAAAAUCGUUUUCAGGGUGCUAAUCAAACAAUGAAAAACAAGUGAAACUUACGAAACUAACGAAAUAGUAAUGCAAAAAGUUUGAACGUUUUUGAUUGGUACCGCCCAAAAAGAGAGAGAGUAGCCAGCAUAUAGCAAAAACAAAACGUUGAGAAUUUGUUUAUUCGUGUGUGUUGAGGGAGUAGAUCGAUGAUUAGAUUAUUGUCGCAUAUAUUUUUGAUUUCCUAUAGAAACGUCACAGAACUGCAAGUUGCCUCAGAUCAAAACGAAACGACAAUGCUAAGCCUAAAAACUGAAUUAAAUAAGACGCGAGUAACUAUAAUUAAACACUGCAAACACAUAGCAACAAACAAACUACAGAGCAACAAUAGCAACAACAAAACCGCAACCACAAGUACCUGCAACAAUAAAAUAGUAUAAAAACAAAAGAAACAAAAUACAGAAUAGAAAAAGAGAAACGCUGAACCUAAAGAACCUAGGGAGGAGCCAGAAUCCGAGGAUCCUUGAGUGCACCACAUGGACCAUGGAUGUGGUUUCCACUUACCCGAAAGUCUGCCCCUUUGUCCGGUUUUUUUGUACAUAAUUUUAUUAAAUUAAUAAUACGAAAAGGCAAACGGGGCCAGGAGUGUAGGGCCAAGUGAGGAGACCACUGCUCCACGGCCACCAGGAUUCCAGGAUUCCAGGAUCUGUGCUCGAGGACAGACGAGUUUUGCUUUAAGGAUGUAACAUUUUGCUUUGUGAUUUUCGUAUUGUUUUAUGAUUUCCCUUCCAGUUUAGGCCUCAAAAUUUUAUACAACUGCUUUUCGGCUACAAAAUCUAAAACAACAAAUUCAAUUCCGAAUUCAGAAGUUUCUAACGAAGUAAAAACAAUUGGUAAAUUGGGUGCCUAUAAGAAAUAUAUAAUUAAAUGACUACUAGUAAAAUUUUAUAAACAAUGAAGAGUAUAUUUAACGAUGAGCGAGAAAAGCAAAUAGCAAAGAAAACGUAAAGUAAAUAUAAUUAUUUUUUAAUUGAAUAAUUCUAGCCAAGUGUGAAACAUGUUAAUUAACAAACGCAAAUAUUACGCAAAAACCACUCAAAAACGUUCUCAAAAACUUGAUGGCAACAACAAAGGCAACAAACAGCAAUAAUUACAGCAACCAAACGAAAUUCAAAAUCAAACUUUUGGCACACCUUUGGAAAACAUUUUUCUUCGUACAAAUGAAAAUUCACCAAAAAAAAAAAAUGAAAAAAAAUCCAACCAACAAAAAUUCAAAAUUCCUUUUUUCGGCUCUUAUAAUUUCGAUGGCUACUACAUAAAUAACAAAACCCACAAAGUAAAGCUGUAAAAUACUGAACAGAAGUAAACCAUUUUGUUGUAAGCGAACGAGAAACCUAGAAUGAAAAAUCUAAGAUCCAAAAUGCAAUGGAAAAUAUUGAGAAAAUCUGCCAAGGCUAGCAAGUUCUUGGCCUGUAAAUACAUUUAUUAUUACUAUUAACGCAUAUAUAUAUCGAUAGCAUGUGUGUAUGCGUGGCCUCAGUUGUAUAAUGAUAGAACCUAGAUAUAAUAUGUAUUCGUAUACCUGUAAACCUAUACCUAAAAACUACUAAGCGCAUAUGUAGGAACACACUAGGCUCGCCAACGGAGAGGAGAGGAGAGAAGAGUUGAGAUGGGUUUUAUUUGAUCAGGGCCCAACUGAAUUUCAAUUGUGAAACUACUGUCUUCAUUUCCAUGUUUUCGUUAGCCAGGCAAUAGAAUGGUAACAGUCCAUAGCAGCAUAAAAUAGCCAAAUGUUGAAUAUGAAACUACCUUUAUUAACUGUUGAACCACAAGACACCACAAGGCACACGAGACACACUAACCAUAGAAGAUGCAGAUGCAGACUACCAGUGUCACCCGAUCCCCAGUUUGUUCUGUGAUAUCGUUUUCAAGUUGCAAGAACGAGUGGCGUUUAGUUUCGUUAUUUCAGUUCUUUAUCGUUUCACGAAUAAUUUUUCAACUCGAAUUUUAUUUGGCAUUCGUGUUGAAAGGCUGAAGGGCAAAUUCAAAGCAAUAGCAAUAGAUUAAACCACUAGAGUCUGGCAAAUAUCUGAACCAAAACUACCUCUUCGCAUCCAAACAGACUUAACCCCUGGUUGCCGGUCCGACCCUGCACACCCCCAUCAGCGUUCGCUGGAGUCUGAAUUACAUUUUAUUUUUAAGUACGUUGGUGGGGAGCAGCGGCUUGGAUUUUGGCGCUGGGUCAGCCAUCAGUCAGUAAUUCAAUCCGUCAGUCAGUGAAUCAAUCAAACAAUGUUUAAUACUUAGUUGUCAGGGGUUAAUUGGAGUAACCAGCACACCUUAGUUGAUACACACAACCUACUUUUAGUUUACGUUAACUUAGUUCUUAGUUGCGCUUCGCGUUUCGUCUUACAAUUAGAGUCUAAUCAAACUCAGGAACUCAUAUACCUCAGGAAAGAACCUACCUCUUUGUGUUUUUUAAACUUGUUUGAACUAUUUUUAUCAUUUUAAUUGCUACGAUUAAAGAAUAUAUUUUACUUUUCGGUUUGCAUGGGACAAACAAACAGAGGACGCGAGCAGAAACACCGAAUGUUUCGCUGUAAUCGAAGAUGCUAUCAAGAAAGCUUUAGUUCUUAGUUCGAUUAUCGGUUAGCUAGCUAGCUAGUGGCUAAGUGGCACCUAAGUUUAGUAGGAGGAUUUAAUUUUAAAUGCAAAAGACACAAUCACACACAAUGAACACACAAUAGCAAUAAUAAGGGAAACCAAGACCAGAUCGAACUGCAAUAGUAAACUGAACUACCUCAAUUUUAGCCAUAGACUGCGCAGUGACGAGAUGAGCAUGAUACCACCACAUAAACUUAUACUUUCGUUACCACUUCGUUUUAUUCUUUUUGUAAAAUGGUGACACAUACAGACGACACCCCUCAUAAACUCAGACCCACACAGUGAAGAUCCUUUGGAAUAGGAUGAGAAUAGAAUGUAUUUCCCUUACUGAUUACUGAUUUCCCCAUUGACGUUCUCAUGUAAAUAUGCGCUGAGCACACGGAGCCCACGAAAUUCAGACAAAACAAAAAACAUUUAAUGUAAAACUACGAGAAUAUACCUUUGGCUAAACCCUAAUUAUACGAAAAUAUCCAAAACUUUUACUAUGUAUGUGUAGAGAGCAGACGAUGUAGGCGAUAUGUGACCAGGAUUAAGAUCAUUUGUAUACAUCAAUUUCGGCAAAGCAACUGAAUGAGGCAAACCAAACAAAAAAAAACACGAGAAAGGCGAGAAAAACGUAACUCUUUAUAAUCUUACUGUAAACAAAAAUACAAAGAAAUUAUUUAAGGCUACAAAAUUUACCCCAAAAAGGAAUGAAAAUCCACAAAAAAAUUAAGGAACGAUCCCAGUAAAUGGUAUACUUUUGCUUGAGCCAUGUCCAAUGGCAAAUCACAAGAUUUGAGCAAAAAAAAUUGCAUUAAAUUAAAUUCAAAGCGAACCCAACACGGUUAUAAAAAUUAACGAAAAAACAAAAAAAUGAAAAAAAUCAUUUUGCUAAACGAAGGUAAAAAAUUUUCUAAAAGAAACUUGCGUGAAUAAGCAAACUUUACAAAACAAACAUUUUAGGCUUAACUUUUGGCUAAAGAAAACAUAAAAAUUAUAACAAAUAUUAGGCACAGGCAACACUCUAUGUACGUGCAUCAAUUAUACAUAAAUAUUUAUUUAAAAACGAAAAAGCAAAAAUACUUUUAUCUGUAAUCAGAUUUUAGGCCCAACUUUUCGACAAGCGGCGUAAAAUAAUUUCUUUGUAAAAUAUGUUUGCAAGCUAAACGAAAAUCGAAAGGAAAAUCCCCAGAAAGCGUAAUUAACUUAAUCUAAAACUAAAAACACAAAUGUCGCCAUUUUGCAUUUAGAGCGUACAGUACAGUAAAGCACACGAAACGUGGACGAAAUGUCACGAGAUCACACAAUUAUUGUACAUAAAAUAAAUUAAACAAGAAGCAUUGUGUAUUGUAUAUUCGUAAUUUUUCAGUAAUCCUUAGUUACGUUUACCUUGAGUUGUAUAAAUUAAUUAGUAAGCGAAUCCGUAAACAGAAUUGAAUCUGUAACGAGGAUACAAAUAUAAUAAAUGUAACUAUAUAAAUAAUAGUGUGCACACGUACAAAACAAAAUUUAAGUUCAAUUUAACGUGAAGUUUAGUGCACCGAACAUUUUGUAAGAGCUCGAUGUAAUUUUUGUUAUAUAUUUUUGUUAGUAAUUGUUUUUCUAUUAAUAUCUAGCGCGAAAUGUCAACAAGCAAAUAACACGAAAGCCCCUCAACAAGCCAAUUGUACUUACGAUUACUUUUCGAUUCGAUAUGAUUUUGUGACCCUUUCAACAGAACCAACUCCCCAAUUCCCCAAUUCCCCAUCCCCAUCCUAAUCCGCCCCAGGAAAACACUAUUAUGCUUACUUUACCUAAGUUAUUUCAAAUAACUAUAAAAUAAUAAAAGGAAAAGCGAAAAGCGAACACAGCAUGCACCAAUCCAGUUUAAGUUAAGUGGCAGAAGAUGUAAUAUAUAUAUAUUUUGUAUGAUUUAAAGUUCUGUUCGAUCGCAACAAAUUGGCUUGUUUACGCAUUACACAUUAUACACAUUUUUCUAAUUUGUAACAAUUAUACGAUAAAGCCUAAAUUUAUAAUCUAUAAACACGUAAAUGCUAAAACAAAAUGCAACUAAAUAAAUGUUAAACCCCAGAAAAAAAAAAAAACACAAACCACUUCCAAUUGGCAAUUUUAUUGGUUAACCAAAUUAAACACAACACCCAAUUUCCUAUACCCACAGUACUGACAGCAUUUCGGACUCGAUUGAUUAUGCCCAAAAAACCCGACCCCAAAAAAAAAACAUAAAUGUAACGAAAUAUGUAUACUAAAGUUUACGACUAUCGAAAGUAAUUUUUAUGAACAAAAUCAAUGUGUUUAGGCCUAAGCAACUUUACAGUUCAGUUCAAUGCGAAAUUUGAAGAUGAAGCUAGUUGUAUGUACGCCAUGGUAUAUAUGGCAUAUGGUGUAUACUCCAUAUAUAGAAGAGCAUUCCCCCCACGUCUCCCCCUGCGCCCCUCAGUGUGUAAAUCAAGUUGUUGUAAAUUUGUCUAACACGAUGGAUCGAAGGAAGUACAAAUUAUAUUUAAUGUGUGUAUUUUGAUUGUUUUAUUUGAACUCACGCUUUGGUUUUCCCAUUCAAAUUGCGUUCGUAUUGCGUAUAAGUCACACUUGAAAACUACAAAAACUUUUGGAACAAUGACGAGUACAAAAUUUCAGGAAAAACAAACGAAAUUUAGCAGAUAAAUUAAAAUUAAUUAAAUAUAUAUAGAGGCGAGGUAACGAUAAAGAGGAAAUCGUACAAAUUUUUCGGCAUAAAUAUAAAGUUAAAAUUUUAAGCAAGGCUGUCGGUCAAAAAAAAAAACGAACAGUUGGUGUGACUUUUUAGGAUUGAAGUUAAGUUUCCACACAGAUUACGCCCCUUUGAUUUCCUUUAUUUGGACCAAUUAUUUUUGAAACCAGAAUGAAUGCAACAGAACUUGAGUUACACAUGAACUAUUCGAUUUACUUUGUUCUGAACUGAAAAGUUUUCGAAUUACCCAAACGAAAUUUUAACCACUUGAAUUCAAAAAAGACGACAACGGUCCACUUGCGAGGGAAUUUCGGAAUGAGAAGUACUUUACGUGCAUAAGGUUAAACGAAAAACAAAAAAAAAAAUAGUUUUAAAAAAACGCAAAUCCGUUUGGAGCAAACUCAGGGCAUUAUCAAGACUCACGACGAUGUAUACAUGCAUUUAAUACAAACAAAAAAAAAAAAUAAAUAAUGAGAAGAAAAACAGAAACUUUUUCGAUAUGUAUUACGAUAAAAAAAAAAAAAAUUAUGAAAGCAACCGCAAAACGGAUGUAAUAAUCAUGCGAAACGAUUAUGAACAACUCAGGUAUUAAAUAUUAAAUGAAAUAUUUUUAAAAACUUAUAACGAAUCGAGCGGGCAGUCGGUCAGAAGUCAGAAUCAGCAUUUUCACAAGUUGUGCAAUAUUCUUAAAGUUUUCUAAAUACGUAAUAGUAUUAAUAAUCUAAUAUGCGAUCAUGGCAAGGAUCAGUGAGUUGAGAUGUUCAUAAGCAUGGGAUCCGAAAGGUUGAAGAUCGAGGAUCGAUGAUUGAAGAUUGAGGAUUGAGAGAAGGUUAGGUGAGUUUUUGAAGCACAUGAGGACUAGGCGUGUAGUAAACCAGCCCUAAGAAUUUUUAGUUUUACCACCCACACAAGUCAAGAAGAACAAGCCACAACAAACACACUCACAGAAACACACACACACACAUACUCGACGCGAAAUGCGAAAAUAGUGAAAUAAAUAGCUAAAUGAAAAUGAGUUUAUAUAAAGAAGGAAAACAUAAAACUGUGAUUACAUUUGAUUGUCGAAGAAGCGUUGAUAAGCAAGUGUUGCAUAAUUAUUGAGCGAAAGAAAAACGAUGAAACGAGAAAUACGAUUGAAAAUGGAGUUAUGUACUAUUAUUGAAUCUGAAACCGCUUUUGAUUUCGAAUAUUGGCACAGUGUCUAGCAUGCGACAGAGCAUAAGUAAAUAAAUCAAUAUUAAUUAGCCGAAAUAUUAAACUUCAAAAGAACGACUAAGAAAUACAAAUUAUAAUUAUCUAAGUUAUUCGAGAUUAGUGAAACCUGCCCUAAUUUUACAAGUCACCUGUAACAGUUUUUAUCCUGGCUAAAAAUCCAGAGCUGCGAAAAAAAAUCCCUCGAUUUAGUUCACAUUUCUCUGAACGAUUUCUGUAUGUAGUGCACCUUAGUUAAAAAUUAAAGUCUGAGAUUUUACAUUUAUCGUAUAUGGUCGAAGUAUACACCUAAAGAGCGCACUUGAAGCGCGAGUCUAAGCCCAAAGCGGUUAAUUAAGUUUAUUGAACCUACUACUACUAACGAGGCAAAAUCCCACACGCUACGUAUUUGGCUAAAAUUAAUGUAAAAAUCAAGAAAUCCAAGGAUCGAUUCAGAAGGAUACGUUUUCGGAGCACGCAUAUGAUUUCUAAAUAAGUAUGUAUGUAUGUCUGAAGAGUGCGAAAGCGAAGCAGCUUAAAUAUAUUUUAAACACGAACUCGGAUAAAAAUUUACGAUUAUGCCAUACAUUUUUGUGUAACAUAUUAAAAACUACGAGUAAGCUAAACCCACAGUCACACACAAACCAAACGCAUUGUAACAGAAACUCACAAAACACGGAGAGGAAAUGGGCAACCAGAAUGGAAUUAAGCAUAAAAGUAUAUGAACGAAAACUAAAUUCAAUAAACUUGUUGC